AAAUCUAUUAAGGUAAUCAAGUUUAAACGCAGCCAAUCGCUGCUCUCCUGCUCGAUUGCGUGUUGAUUUGGGUUGGAGCAUCUCCUCUGCUCACCGGUCUGCUCUCAUCAAUCCUUCCGACGCUCGACACAUGCGUGUGGAUCUGCAGUCCAUGGAUUUUUACUUUGAGUCAACGCAGCUGUGCAAACAAAGUUUUUUUUUCUGACUAGACUUAAUUAUCCGUGAACAAAACCGAAGACGAGGUGGAAUAAGAGAAUACAUAGCUAAUAUUAAGGAUGAGAUUUGUGUGAAAAGUGCAACUCAACCGAAUUCGCGGUGCGCUGCUGCCGGACUUCAAAUCAGAAAAAACACACACAAUCCCGGUGUGACCUUCCGUCUUUUUACGAUGGGAAAACAUGACACCACUGCUCUUCCAAAAUAAAAAGCUACUAAUAACACAACCAAUCCGGAUCGAUCAAUGAGGUUGAUUGAGGGGUCCACCUCAAGUCUCUAAACUGGAUCCUACUGCUUGCAUCGAUCCGCGGAUUUGAUUGAUCACCUUCAGUCACUUAACACCCUUCAAGGGAGAAGAUGCCGUUCCACCAUGUGACGGCAGGCCUGCUCUACAAAGGGAACUACCUGAGCCGCUCGCUGUCGGACAGUGACAGCGAUGUGCUGGCCAGCAUCUCCGUGGAGGAGCUUCAUGAGAUCCGGGAGGCGUUUAAGGUGCUGGAUCGUGACGGGAACGGGUUCAUCUCCAAACAGGAGCUGGGUAUGGCCAUGCGGUCUCUGGGCUACAUGCCUAGUGAGGUAGAGCUGGCCAUCAUCAUGCAGAGACUAGACAUGGACGGUGAUGGACAAGUUGAUUUUGAGGAGUUUAUGACGAUCCUUGGACCCAAACUCCUGUCGUCUGAAACGAGAGAAGGCUUCCUGGGCAGCACAAUAGAUACCAUCUUCUGGCAGUUUGACAUGCAGAGAAUCACUCUGGAGGAGCUGAAACACAUCCUGUUUUACGCCUUCCGCGACCACCUCACCAUGAAGGACAUUGAGAACAUUAUCAUCAACGAGGAAGAGAGCCUGAAGGAAAACUCGGGGAACUGUCAGACAGAGUUUGAGGGAGUUCACCCUUCAAAGAAGAACCGUCAGACGUGCGUGAGGAAGAGCCUCAUCUGCGCUUUUGCCAUGGCAUUUAUCAUCAGCGUAAUGCUCAUCGCGGCCAAUCAGAUGCUGAGGAACGGCAUGGAGUAGCUGCGCCCACUGUGAGCGGAGAACAAGCCAGCCUGCAUGUGCAUGCCAGUGGGUGUGGUUAUUUCCCUGUUGAUAGGAAAAGAACUACAAUGAAUAACACUUAAAAUAACCAUUGACAAAGUCCAUUUUAAAAAUUACUCUUAGUUUUUUUGAACAAGUGGCGCCUCGUUAACUGACAUCCAAUGAAACUGUGAAGCCAGCAUGAGGAGUCAUGCAGGACUCCUCCCCCUUUACUCUGUCAGGGACAUUUAAGGGCUGACAUUACACAUAAUACUCUGUUGUGUCUGUUUCCCUGAUGCAAUAAAAAAAAGUAGUGCAGGAGAUCAGAGCUGGUUGCUUUUCCCAGCAGGCCAGAUGAUGUCUCACACACCAGGAGUCUGAUGAGCUACCAAGGCUGCAGUCUGGGCCCCUAAAGGGAAUUAGAGAAAGGGAACAAUUUCCAUCUUAUUAUAGUUCCUGGAAGCACGAUGGCAGUCCUCGCUGCCCCUCAAUCAGAAGGACCUAUACGCGUCAAGCAACAGCUCGUGCAGCUCCCAGGGUGCCACAGUACUCCAGCUCUCCAACUUUCUAUUUUCAACUACUGCAUUUGUGCGCUAAAGUGCUGGCAUCAGUUCAUCAGCCCCACA